CGCAGCAUCGCGUCCCUGGCGUCGACUCGGCCCAGCCCUCCGGCAGAGCGAGAGGAGGCAGGCGCAGGGAUACAGGCGGAGAGCAGCACAGCAUCCUUGCGCGACGGAGGGAGCGGACAGCAUCCUUCAGACCUUCAUGGGCUUGCACUGGCUCCACGCCCUACUCCAGUCCGCGCUCUUCGGAAAUGAGGGAUUGGACAGCGUGAGGAUGGCAGGGUCUGUAGCUUCGUACGACCAGCUGGUCAGGCAGGUGGAGGCGCUGAGGAAGGAGAACACCCACCUGCGGAGGGAGCUGGAAGACAACUCCAACCACCUGUCCAAGCUGGAGAACGAGACCUCCGACAUGAAGGAGGUGCUGAAGCAGCUGCAGUGCAAACUGGAGCAGGAGGCUCGAACGCUGGCCUCCACCGGGAGAACAGACGUGCUCGACCAGCUCAAAGAGUUGCACAUGGACUUGACGAACUAUUACGAGCUGAAGUACCAGCCCCACAAUCUGCGGGGGUCCCAGGCAGCCCAGGCCGCUGAAGAGGAGGACCGAACCCCAGCUCCGUCCUCCGAUCUGGGGAGGGCCGGAGACAGGAGCCCCCUGCACGCCGCCUCCAGGCAGGCGCCCCCAGUGCAGGGGGAAGGGGCAGCACUGCACCCCGGACCCCCACACAUCCUGGAGGGAGCUCUGCAGAAGACGGGCACCAGCGGGGAGGGCAGGGUCACAGCCCAGCACCUAGAGGACCUCUGCAAAGAGAGGACGCUGCUGCUGAGCGAGAUUGAGAAGGAGGAGCGAGAGCGGCGCUGGUACUACUCCCAGCUGCAGGGCCUGUCGCAGCGGCUGGCCGAGCUGCCGCGCGUCGAGACGUUCUCCAUGCAGAUGGACCUGAUCCGCCAGCAGCUGGAGUUCGAGGCCCAGCAGCUGCGCUCCGUCAUGGAGGAGAGAUUCGGCACAAGCGACGAAAUGGUCCAGCGGACGCAGGUGGGGACCCUCACCCUCUAUCUGCUGCAGCAGCUCCUGCCCAGCCCAGCCCUUUGUCUGCGCAGCAGCCGGGCCGAGUCCUCGGAGCUGCAGCUGCUGGGUCUCCAUGGUGACCGGAAAGGGGGCAAAGUUUGGACCCAUAGCUGUGGAAAACUGUCCAUCCCGGAAUCAGAGAACACAGCCUGCUGUGCCAUUUCAGAAGCCCCAAGUGACACUGGAAGUAAAGUGGAGAUGGUGUUCUGGCUGCUGUCCAUGCUGGCCACGCGGGACCGCGAGGAGAUGUCCCGCACCCUGCUGACCAUGUCCAGCUCCCAGGAGAGCUGCGUGGCCAUGCGCAAGUCGGGCUGCGUGCCCCUGCUGGUGCAGAUCCUGCACGACGGGCCCGGCGCAGGCGCGGGCGGGGGCUGUAGCCGAGAGGCCCGGGCACGAGCCAGCGCCGCCCUGCACAACAUCGUCUACUCGCAACCCGACGAGGGCCAGGCCCGUCGCGAGAUGAGGGUCCUGCACGUGCUGGAGCAGAUCCGCGCCCACUGCGAGGGCGGCUGGGACUGGGUGGAGACCCACCGCAGCCCCGCCGGCCAGGAGGGGAGCAGCGCCACAGCCACUCCUGAGCCAGUGGAGCCUCAGAUCUGCCAGGCUAUGUGUGCAAUCAUGAAGCUGUCCUUCGAAGAGGAGUAUCGAAGAGCCAUGAAUGAGCUCGGGGGUCUGCAAGCCGUGGCAGAGCUGGUGCAGCUGGACCAGGAGCUCUACGGCACGCUGAGCGAGCCUCUCAGCCUGGCACUGAGGCGCUACGCGGGAAUGGCUCUCACCAACCUCACCUUCGGAGACGUCGUCAACAAGGCCGCGCUGUGCUCCAAGAAGAGCUGCCUGCAAGCUAUUGUUGCCCAGCUUGCUUCUGACAGUGAGGAACUGCACCAGGUGGUGUCCAGUAUUCUGAGAAACCUGUCAUGGCGGGCUGACAUCAACAGCAAGAAGAUUCUACGAGAGGUGGGCAGCGUGACUGCACUGACCACCUGUGCGCUGCAGGCAACUAAGGAAUCCACUCUGAAAAGUCUGCUGAGCGCCCUAUGGAAUCUGUCGGCACACAGCACCGAAAACAAGGUGGCAAUCUGCUCGGUGGAUGGGGCAUUAGGCUUCCUAGUGAGCACACUCACCUACAAAUGCCAGAGCAACUCCCUAGCCAUCAUAGAGAGUGGUGGGGGCAUUCUGCGCAAUGUGUCCAGCCUGGUGGCCACCCGUGAUGAUUACAGGCAAAUCCUUCGUGACCACAACUGCCUACAGACUCUUCUGCAGCACCUCAGGUCCCACAGUCUUACUAUUGUGAGCAAUGCCUGUGGGACACUGUGGAACCUGUCUGCCCGGAGCCCCAAGGACCAGGAGCUGCUGUGGGACCUGGGGGCAGUGAGCAUGCUGCGCAACCUCAUCCACUCCAAGCACAAGAUGAUUGCCAUGGGCAGUGCCGCAGCUCUCAGGAACCUCCUCACUAAUCGUCCGCCAAAGUACAAAGAUGCAGCUGUCGUCUCUCCUGGGUCCUGCAUGCCAUCCCUCUACAUGAGGAAGCAGAAGGCACUGGAGGCAGAGCUGGAUGCCAAACAUUUAGCAGAAACCUUUGAUUCCAUAGAGAAGCAGCAGAGCCCUAAGCUUCAAAGCAUCAACAAGCCGUUGCGACACAUUGAGAGCCUGGCUAAAGAUUAUGCCUCUGAUUCUGGCUGCUUUGAUGAUGAUGAAGCUCCCAAUGUCUCUACCAGUUUAGACACGGGGAGCUUCUCCAUGCUAUCCAUGUUUCUCAACUCCUCUAACUUUCUUCAGGGCCAGUCCCGCAAAAAGGGAAGUGAACCUGAAAGAGAUGUUGACCCACAGGCAGAAGAUGGCAAGAAGCCCCAGCCUGCAGAUGAUGACGUAUCUGUGGCAGCAGAGAAAUUAGCCAAAAAGAUCACCACAACAGUGGCCAAGAUCGACAAGCUUGUGGAGGACAUCACCAUGCACACAUCAUCAGAGGACAGUUUCAGCCUGAGCUCUGAAGAUCACUUCGUGGACUGGCAAUAUGGAUCAGAUGAACUCCAUGAAGCCAGGGCCAAAUCUUGCUCUCCUUGUCGUCUCUCAGAUACCAGCAGUUUUGCCCGUAGAGAACGCCUGAGCAGGGCACAUGCCCUUCUGCGCCUCAAGACUGCACACACCAGCUUGUCCACGGACAGUUUGAACAGUGGAAGUACCAGUGAUGGUUACUCUGGCAGCAAAGACCAGAUCCGGCCCUCUGCAAGGUCAGCCACUGUGCAAAGGCGACCAAACAGGCUGGAGCUGAAAGUGGCUCAACAAGGCUAUCUAGAUAAACAUGAUCACUGCAUUCCAGCAGAAACAAACCCUAAUGAUGUGGCAGAAAAGGACUCUGAAGAUAGAACAAAUAUGAGCUUACCAAACCAAAGUAGCACCGAUGCAGAAGACCAAUGCAAAGAACCACCACCACCAACACCAGCCACCGAGCCUACCAAACUCUCUUCUGAAACCAAUGUGCCCACUAUAAAGCUGUCCCCUUCCUACCAGCACGUCCCCUUAAUUGGGAGUGUGGCUAAGUUUGGUAUUCCCAGGAAUCCAAUUAACUCUCAAGGGAUGAGGAGACAAGCUUGGAUCCCAGCAAUAAACAGUGGGGGCAUAAUGAAGCAGCCUCCAGUAAUCCAAGCCCGGAGCCCAACGCUCAGUCAGUUGGAGACCUUGCAGAAGUACUCAGUAGAGAACACGCCAAUCUGUUUCUCUCGUUGUAGCUCUCUAUCCUCACUGUCAUCUGCAGAUGGAGCCUUGGACGGGCAGAGCCAGAGUGAAAAUGAACUAGAGAGCGACUCAUCAGUAGAAAUAAUUGACGUGGAAGACUGUGAUCUGGAAAAGAAUGAAGAGGAGUCCUUGGAAGAUUUGAGUGAAAGUCAACUAGUAGUCUCAGAGCAGAAACAAUGUGUUAGUGCAGGCAGCCCUACUUCCCAGCCCAUUGAAAUUCCCUGCCACAUCAAACGGGAAAAGGUUUUCUUGAGGGGGGUGUCGCCAGGCAGACAUGAAGACAUGACUCCGUCUAGUUCCUCUGAGAACUAUAUCCAUGAGACCCCACUGGUAAUGAGUCGCUGCAGCUCUGUGAGCUCUCUGGGUAGCUUUGAGUCGCCCUCCAUUGCCAGUUCUAUACAGAGUGACCCAUGCAGUGAGAUGAUUAGUGGAACUAUUAGCCCCAGUGAUCUGCCAGACAGUCCUGGCCAGACCAUGCCCCCGAGUCGCAGCAAGACUCCCUGCUACGCGGAUGCAAGUGGGCAGGACGCCCAGGCUGGUGGAGGACAGUGGGAGAGUAACCUACGCAAGUUAAUGGAGAUUGCAGAUUUCAAGGAGAGGUUCAACCUACCACCUGACUUGGAUACCAUGAUCUACUUCACUGUAGAAAAGCCUACAGAGAACUUCUCCUGUGCUUCUAGUCUUAGUGCCCUACCUCUCCAUGAGCAUUAUAUUCAGAAAGAUGUGGAGCUCAAGCUGAUGCCCCUCCUUCAUGAAAAGGACAACUCCCCCUUUAACACAGCCCAUGGACAGAGAGAAGAAACUGGGGAAGAACAUCCUCUUUUGGGAGCGGAGAAUCAGGCGGAUAGAUACGGCGAGGGCAACUCUGAUGAUGACAUAGAAAUCCUUAAAGAAUGCAUCAACUCGGCAAUGCCUUCCAAAUUUAGGAAGGUCAGGACCUCACUGAUGUCCAGUCUCUCCACCCAGGUUCUCAGCUCUCAAACUCGAAGGUCUAUGCAGCUGCCUGUUUACAUGCUGUUGCCUGCUCAAACCAAUCAGAUGGGCUCAAUGAGGAAGACUGCAAGGCCAGAUAAGGACUUCUAUCAAGAUGAUUCUUCUUUUACUGAUUCGGCUGAAGGGACCCCUGUGAACCUCUCGAGCACUACGUCCCUAAGUGAUGAAACGCUUCAGUAUCCAGUAAAGGAGGAAAAGGGCUUAAAAGACUGGCAGCUGAGAAGAAUGGAGAAACAGGACAUGAUGGCUCUUGAAGCAAAGAGAAUUGAAGAUCUUCGUUCGUUCUCCCACUUCCAUAAGCCCACAAAAAUGGCUGGUCACGCUGAGAUGGUGACUAACCAAAUGAACAGGGUUAUCAAGACAGUGUUGCCCACGCAAGGAGUGCAGAUGCACAGCAGGGAGGCCAAAGCAUCUCUUUCUCAGCUCAGAAGUAGAGACCAGUCACCUAGCCAUAUGAUUCAAAGACAAGACCAGAGUCAUCCAAGGAAUUUGCCAAAGUUAGACUUGCCCAUCAGGAAGCAGAGUGCAGGAAUGCACCAAGGCCAGAACAACUAUGGGGAGUAUGUCCAUGGUAACUUGGCAUUCCAGUCUAUGCGUCAUACAACACCCACAGAGGAAGCUAUUUAUUGCUUUUAUGAUGAUCAGAUGGAGGCAAAGAGGGAGGGAGGGAGGAAAGCAAGCACUGGAAGAAAGCAAAUCAAGGAGGCAAACAGAAACAUUUUGACCCAUGCAGCAGCCAGUGCAGACCGGACCAUCAACCUACAAUCAAAGCAAAAAUGUAUAACUAAUAAGCUAAAGCACAAUUUGAUCAUGGAUGAGACACCUCCCUGUUACUCUCUCAGUUCCUCUCUUAGUUCUCUGAGUGAUGCAGAUUUAGAGGAACACCAGGGGAAAGCUCAGCAGGUGUGGGUGAAAAGUAAGCGUCACACAACAUCAGGCCAUAACCGCGAUGCCUCAAAGAACUGUGGUCAAAAUGAUGAAGACAGCUCAUCCAGUUCAGUCAGUCUGGACUCGGAGGACGACUUGCUGCAAAAGUGCAUAACCUCUGCUAUGCCAAAACAGAGGAGGAGGCAUUCUGCCCGAAAAAGGAAAUCAGAGAAGAAACAAAAACUGAAGAAAGCAGUGGAAGGCUGGAAUCCAGCAAGGGACCAGGAGAGUGACAACAUGGCAUCAGACAAAGACUCAGACCUCAACAGCAUUGAGUGGAGAGCCAUUCAGGAAGGUGCCCACUCCAUUGUUACAAGGCUGCAGGCUGCUUCGAAAUCCAGGGAGCCUUCUUCUGAGUCUGAGUCUGUCCUUUCUUGCAUGUCUGGUGUGUCCAGCUUCCACACAAACCAAGAGAAGAGUGACAAGAAGAAGAAUGUCAAAGAACAAGGAAAGGGUAACAAAAUGCCAGAUGGCAGAAACCCCAGAACACAGCUAGAUUUUGCCCAGCGUAAGCCUGUGCCAAACCUGCCUGUAGUAUUCAGAGGUAGGACAGUGAUCUACAUGCCAAAUCCUAAAAAGGAAACCAACAGUUCACAAAAACCUCCCUUGAAAAAAACAUCUCCUAAGACUGAAACUCCCGUGAAGAAUCCGAACCUGGCUCAGCAGAGAUCAAGAAGCCUGCACAGACUGGGACGAGCUAAUGAUUCAACUGAGCUCUCCUUACCUAAAAGAAGUUCCACACCACCAGCCAGGAUCCCCAAGAGCACAUCUUCAGGGUCCUCCCAAAACUCCACACCAUCAAGACAGCCCCAGAAGAAACUCACUUCCCCCUCGCAAAGCAGUAAACAGAUCCCAAAGAAAGACGUGAAGCCCACGAACAGCCCCACUGACAAGAAAACAAGCCCGGCUGCAUCUCCUUCUCCCAAAUCUCCCGCUCACAAAAAAACCCAGAAGUCACCUGUUCGAAUCCCGUUCAUGCAGACUCCUUCAAGGCAACCAAUGGCUUCCCGGACUAUAUCACCUUUAGUCACCAAUCAGCCCUCACCAGGCAUCAGCAGACAAAACACGCAACUGAAAAGGACCCUUCCUGCCAACCGUCUGGAUUUGGUUCGCAUGUCAUCCACACGUUCGAGCAGCAGUGAGUCGGACCGGGCUGGCUUCCUGAGACAGCUGACUUUCAUCAAAGAAUCUCCCAGCCUCUUACGACAGAGAAGUGAAAUUCCCUCCUCGAGGUCUGUACCUACCUCUAAGUGUGCAUCCCCACGUAAAAUGCGUCCAGGUGCCCCUGCUGCUUUUCUCUGUUCCUCGCGCUGCCAGGAAUUGAAGGGUGUUGGACAGGGACCGAGAGAAACACAGGAUGAAGGACAGGGGCAGGGAGCCCAACGUCAGAGGGCGGCUCUCUCCAGAGCCAGUUCUAGUGACCGAGGUCUUUCGGGCGUACGUCCAGCCAGGAGAACCAGCUCGGAGAGCCCCUGCAGAGCCCCUCAGAAGAACAUCUCUGGAGCUUGGCAACGGGAGAGAGAUACCUUCAAACGACACUCUUCCUCCCCUCACAUUAACAUACUGAAGAGAGCCACCAGCCGUUCCUCCAUUUUGUCCUCUUCUUCCGAGUCCAGUGGGAAAGUAAAAAGCGAAGAGGACAGAAAGACACAGAAACAGCAGGAACCUCGAGGGAGGGGCAAAAUCACCUGGAGAAGGAUUCGGGAUGAAGACGUGCCCCACAUCUUAAAAAGCACCCUCCCCUCCACAGCACUGCCCCUCGUGCCAUCCCCCGAGGGGCAAAAGCCGAUGCCUCCACUGCCCGGAAAGCUCCCCACCAUCACUCUGCCUCCUAGGAAAACCAGUGAUGCCACUGUCCAGACAGAGGACUUCGCCACAAACAAGACCAACUCCAGCACGUCUCCCACAAUAGAAAGAGCUGGCGAGAUAAGUGAGGAGGCAGCCCUCUUCAGAAAGAUCAGCACUGCCUCAAGCUCCAGUGCGUCUGUUCAAGAGGGGGACGCAAAUGAAUUGCCAAGUUCCUUUAAGAGCCAGACCACGCCAUGUGCUUCCCAUGCCAUCGAAGGGCACAAUGGUGGCAUCGGUCACUUCCGCCAGAGCUCGCCCAGCAAGGCUGUGAGAGUAACCCCCUUCAACUACAUCCCCAGUCCCAUGGCGUGCGGCUCGCAGAGCACGCAGAUCCGAGCACCAACGCUGAACGAAAAGCCCGGGGAAAGACUUGAAGCUUAAGUCACAAAUAUUCUUUUCCUUGAACUAAGAUCUCUAGGCACCAACUGUGCUCCUGAAACAUUGCACUCAGGUGGAUUUCUGAUAUAUCAACCCUUUUACCUCUGGAAGUUUGCAUUUAUAACAAGACUCACUUGCAUCAGGAAUCAUGUGUCUUUUAAGGGUGCAAAUGGGUAUCCUGAAAAUAUACACAAUGUGUGCCUAUAGACAAAGUGGUGCAAAAGAUUGAAGUGGAAGAUCCCACUGACUGUUAUGUGACAAGCUAGUUCUAGGCACACAUUUAUGUACAACAUUACUGGAGGUUGAAGAGAAGGGGGAACUUUUUAGAGAUCUUCUGAACAUAGAAUCUAUAACUGAUUACUGUCUGAGAUUCACCUUUUUGUACUUUUUGUAUUUGUACAUAUAACUUUGCCUGUUAGAAGUGUUAGAUUAAAUGUGUAAACUGAAAAAAAAGGUCUGCAGAUUUUGGGAUAGAAAAGGUUAAGCAGUUAACCUCUGUCUGUUUUGCAGACAAUGAAUCAAGAUUCAAAGACCAAUACAAUAUGCAACUACUCCAAAUGUGAGACUAGGUGCUCGUCUCAUAUACUGUAUACAUAAUUAUAUAUCUGAAAGGACUUGUCUCCUCUCAUGGGUCAAAAGAAAAAAACACUUUAGCUCUGGCUGUUAUAACUCAAUGUAAGAAUUAUGGAUCAAAUAUCUUCACGUACAGCAUUUCUUACUACAUGUCAAAUGUUUCUCUUUUACAAGACAUUUCAGACUGAGACUAUUAUACUCUUUUCAUCUUUCACUUUUGAAAUCAAAUCAAAUCCAAGACUUACAGUACACUACAAAAUACCCUGAAAACAAUCUGUGCUUGCUGGAAUUCUGAGGAACCCCGUAUUUCUUCAGCAGUAUUAAUUCCUACCCUGCAAUGGAGAAGUCCCUGCUACCUUCCCAGUGAGCAAACAGCCUCAACUGCCAACCUAGACUGCAUGCUGAAUAUUCACCACCUGUAAACACCAGUUCAAUUAUGUCGAUGUUGUCCAGCAGCACUCUUAAAGAGGAACAAAUACUGUAUACAGCUCUGUUACAUCGGUGUCAAAGGAACUUAUUUAAAUACAAAGGUAUUUUUCUUUCAGCAAUCUGUUAGUGAGCCAGGCUUUAUGACUGUAAUUAAUCCAGCUGAAUAGCGGUUAUGAAUUCUGCUUAUUCGUCUGCUCUGUUUCAUUAGUGUUUGCCUCUAGAAUCAGGUAAAGCUCAGCUAAUAUCAAGAAAGCAAAAAUAUUGUGGCUAGGUGCAAGCAAUUUGCAAGAUGGGAGAUACUGCUAACAUUGUGUGCUAACAGGACACUGGCAAUUGUAUUUACUUCUGCUUUGAUAUAGAACAGGAUACUGUAUUAAGGUAUUCAAUUUGCAGAUUUGUGUCUAAAAUGCAUUUUUCUGUAGAAAAACAAAUGUCCAUUGGAAAAGUGGUUCUUUCUUGUAUUUCACAGCUAACACAUUUUAAAUCUCAGGGCUAUUAGGAGAUAUAGGCCAUAGGAGUCUUACAAGGACAAAUCUGAAUAUCAUUCAGUGAUAUGUUAUUUUAUACUGUCAUUCGGGCUUUUCAGUUACUCUCUGUACAUUACCUUUGUUAUAAAUCACCACAAAUUGUGCUAGAAAAAAUAUCCAGCACUCACAUUAAUGCCUUGAGAAAAUCUGAUAAUCCAUCAACAUUUAUGUAGGGUAAAUGUUUUAUUAAAGUACAGAUCCAUCCAGUACAGGGUUGCUGGGUAAAGUAGAGAUGUGGCAAACAAUUUCGUAGUUACUAUGGACUUUUCUUUGCGAUUUGACUUCACUCAGAAAUGUUUUUCAUAAAAGAUGUUGCACAAAAGCAACAGUGUCUGAUAAUCAUUCAUCUGAGGAGACUCUAAUGAAAAUCCUGAGGAUGACCUGUGAAAGCUCACUCUUAAAGCAAAUCAUUACACAUUCCUAGAACAAAUUAAGUUCAGCAAAUCAACUAAGAACCACUGUUCCAAUGUUUCUUCUACAAGUUACCUUGCAAUUGAAUACGAAACAAACAAUAUCCCACUUCUCUUGUGAAAGAGUGUUUUUCUGUCAUACAAUCUAUACUCCUGUGCUUGGGUUAAUAUAUGAAUUGCAGUGAAAUGUAUCAAUAUGGAAGCCAACAAAUACUAUUUAGAGAACAAAUUUAACCUCAUUUGCACUUUUUGUGAACCUGCAUUCACACUGAUUGACAUGUCAGUACCGGCAAAAGAAACAUCUGUUGAUGUACCUGGUGAGGGUACCCUGAACUGUCACAUGGUUUGAACCUGAAAGCUGUUGAUAGGUUGUAGAUGAUAGGUUCAUAAACGUGAUAUGAUCAAGGCUAACUAGUCUAGGCCUGCUCAGCUGUUGAGGCUGUGGUUUAAAAAAAUCACAGUAAGGCUUGUGAACAACAUAGAUCCAAGACAAAUGGCUAAUGUAUUGUGUCUGAAGAGAAAGAAUCCACAAAAAUAAAUGUUUUCAUCCAA